AUGAACGGCGCCCCAAGGGAUGGCCAGGGCCCAAGCCACCGAGAAUGCCUCCUGCCCUCCGUGGCACGCACCCUCUCUGCCACCCAGGUCACACCUGCCAAGAAGAUAACCUUUCUCAAGCGAGGGGACCCCCGGUUUGCAGGGGUGCGCCUGGCAGUGCACCAGCGCACCUUCAAGACCUUCAAUGCCCUGAUGGAUGAGCUCUCUCAGCGGGUGCCUCUUGCCUUUGGAGUGCGCUCAGUCACCACGCCCCGCGGGCUGCACGGCCUCAAUGCUCUGGAGCAGCUGCAGGAUGGGGGCUGCUACCUCUGCUCGGAUAAGCAGCCCCCCAAGACUCCCAGCCGCCUGCAGGGGAGGAGCUCCUCUGCCCUUCAGUCAUGGGAUCCUGAAGGCCAGGUCGAGGUGCCGGGAACCACGCCUUCCGGGAAGGCCCCCAGGGCUACAAGGAGGAUGACACUGGUUAGAAAUGGGGACCCGCGAUUCCGUCAGACAGUAGUUCUCAGUCACAGAAAUACCAGAAACCUGGCGGCCUUUCUCAGCAAAGCCUCGGAUCUCCUUCACUUUCCCGUGAAGCAGGUGUAUACCUUGAGUGGAAAAAAGGUGGACUCUCUGCAGAGCCUGCUGCACUGCCCCUCCGUGUUGGUGUGUGCUGGGAACGAGGCCUUCAGACCUCUGCUGAUGGAAGAUGCUGCAAGAAAUGGGUCAGAAAUGCUAUCUGGGCUUUCCUCAAGGGGCAAAAACGGGAGCUGGGGGCCAGAAUCCAAGCAGAGUGUGAUCCACGCAAGGACGGGGUCGGGCAGUGGCCAGGCACGGCGACUUGCCCUACUGUCAGAGAGUCGGUCCCACGCCUCUCUUCAUCAUGCCCAGAGAGGCCCUGCUCCCAUCAGGCACCCUCAGGACACACGUGCUGCGCCUGGUCCCUUGGUGGCUGGCGAUGACGUGGAGAAGAAGGUCCACCUGAAUGAGGAUGGCAGCCUGUCGGUGGAGAUGAGGGUUCGCUUCCAGCUGCUUGGAGACGAGGCGCUCCUGUGGUCUCAGAGGGUGGGGCGGGCUGCCAGCAGGGAGGACUGCAGCAGCCUGGGGGAGGCAGAACCCUUCAGUUGCACUUGGCAGGGUGCCCCUUGGGGCUCCUCGGAGUCUGGGGCAAGGGCAUCCAGAGCUCUGGAAGCAGGAUUUCACGGUGCCCUGGGCCACAGCCAGCAGCCAGAACCCAGUUAUGAGAUCUGGAGGAACCCCCUAUACACCUGCCAGGGGGAGGGGCCAGCUGCAGAGGGGAGGCCUGGGGUGGCCCAGCACACCCGCUGCAGGCGCCGCUGGAGCCAAGGAACUACUGGGAGGCAAAGAAGCCUCCAGGACAGCGCCAGCCCAGCCUCCACUGUUGGUUGCCUGGAAAACUCCGAGCUAGAAUUCCGAAGCAGCUCUAGGACCCUAUCAGAACAUGAACCGAUGAUCAGGAAACUGGCCUCAGGGGAACUAAGAUCUCCUUCUCUAGGCUCUGUUUAUUCUCAGGACCCGCAUGGGUACCACCCCACUCCCCCCGAGGGGCGGCCCUGUGCUAAGAAGCCCCUGAGGAACCUCAGCCACACCAGUAGUGGUGACCCAAGCGCUGAUGGCUGGGAGGCAGAUGGGGGCCAGCAGGCAGAGGAAAAACUCAAGGAGGGGCCCCUACAGCUCUCAGGCCCUGGGUCAGCAGCAGUAGGGACAACGGUCAAGAGUAGCCUGAACCCCGGAACUGGGCCCAGGGGGAUGCUGGAGGUGAAAGCCGCCAGAAUAGGGCCAGACCUCAAGGAGCUGGAGGAUGACGGCAGCAUGACACCCAGUGCCCUGCCCCAUGCCUCACCAGACGCUGUGGUCCGCGAGUGGCUGGGCAACAUCCCAGAGGAGCCUGUGCUCAUGAGAUACGAGAUGGACGAGACCAGCGGCAUGGCCAGGGAGGGUCCUGAGGGCCCCCAGGGGUCACCUGCUGAUGAUCAGGGUCAAGGUGAACAGCUGCUGCUGGAAGUAGACAUCAGUGAACAUGUGGCACCUAAAGUGGAGGCAAACGGAGUCCUCCCAGGCCCCAGUGAUACAGGCACUGAAUCAAGACAGGCUUCUCCCCAGGGCCAAGGUGCAGCCCCAGCUCCAGCAUCCGACUCCCCUGUGGAGGUCAGAGCUCUGGCAGGAGCUGCUGGGGCCCUGGGCAGGGCAUCAUGUGCUCUCCCAGGCAGGGUCUCUGCCUCCACCCAGAUCAUGAAGGUGCUGAUGGGCGCCAAACCAGGCAGGCCCAGCAGCCUCCCUGAACUGUCUGAUGUGGUAGCCAAGAGGCUCAGCCACUCUGCUGUGGCCCUCAUUGCCUGUCUUGCCAGGCUCCACUUCUUUGACAAAGAUCCUGGGUCCCCUGUAGACAAGGUGAGCUUUACUGACUCCCCCCAGUACCAGGAACUGCUGAGCAUCUCACAGACCCUGUGGCCAAGAUGCAGCUCUGGGCAGGAUCUGCUGGACCCUGAGCUCCAAGAGCUCCCUCCACACAAGCCCUUGCCCAUGUCUGAGGACCUCACACCCACGUCCUCAUCUGGAGUGGAUGUCAGCAGUGGCUCUGGAGGGUCAGGGGAGGGCAGCGUGCCCUGUGCCAUGGACAGCACUGGGGUUCCUGAGAGGACAGAGCCGCUCCUGAAAACCUCCUCCCCCAGGCCUGGUUCCAGAGCAUCGGGGCAUGCUGAAAAUGUGGAAGAGCCACAGCCAGGGUGUUCUGCAGCCUCUGCUAGCUCCCAAAUUGGAACUUAUGCCACCAGCAAGCAGGCAGCAGUGGGAGGCAGUAGGGAACAGCUGGUGGGCAACACGUUGGAACAGGAAAUUGAAAAUGUAGUGCAAGAAGAUGGGGUGCAGUUAGAGGAAACAAAAGAAGCAGAAAAUGAAGAGCCACAUGCGGGCAUCCAGGAGCAAGGACUUCCCAUGGGGACAUGCCUCAGCAGGCUGGGGUCCUCAGAGGCUGGCUCUGCAGGUAGCGAAGGCAGCCAGGAUGACCAGAGAAAGCACAAGGAGGAAGCAAGGCCGUGUCCCUCGGACAGGAGCGAGAACCCUUCGGAACCCUCUCAACCUCUCAGCGAGGGCCCUUCAAAAACCAGUGAUAGCCAAAGGGGCCCCAAGUCAGAUCCAGGAUUGGAAGAGCCGCCUACAGCAGCAGCAGCAGUGGGUGUGAGCCACAAGCAAGCCCAGGUCAGGCCGUGGCUGCAGCUGCAUGCGGGAGAGGCAAACAGGUGCACAGCUUGCAGGGCAUGCCUGGACCCUGACCCCACCUGGGUGUCCAAGUUGCUGAAGAAGAUGCAGAUGUCCUUCCUGACCCACUUGGCUGAUGCCACAGCCCAGCUGCGGGCUCGCUGGAACCUGCAGGAUGACGGGCUACUGGACCAGAUGGUGGCUGAGCUGGAGCAGGACCUGGGCCAGCGGCUCCAGGCCAGCACUGACAAAGAGCUCCGGAAGAUCCAGAGCCGAGCCGGGAGGAGAGCUCAGGGGUCAGGGCCAGCCUGGGAAGUCCUCCGGGGCCAGACGUCCCUGCAGACAGAGCAGCGCCGCCACCGCCUCCAUGGCCUGCGCAACCUCUCAGCCCUCACAGAUCAGACCUGUGGCAGGGGCCUUUUCUCCCUCAGCCUGGAGGAUGCCCGCUCAGCACCCGGGGAGGAGUUCUGCCCCUGUGAAGUGUGCUUGCGGAAAAAAGUGCCCCCCAUGGUUUCCCCCAGGGAGGCUGGAGCGCCCAUCAAAAAGGCCUUCGACCUGCAGCAGAUUCUGAAGAAGAAAGAAGGGUGCCCCAAAGGGGAGACAGAGGCAGUGGCCACUAAGAGGAAACUAGUGACCCCAAAACAGGAGGACCCUGGUGUGGCCAUGGACAUGUCCAACAGUGGCCAGGGAGCCAGUGGAAGACAGGAGCUGGGAUCAGACAUAGAGCUUGGGGCCAAGGAGGGUGAUGGAGGUGAGGGUAGCCAGAGAUUCAGCAGGGACAAGGAGCCCCCAGCUGGAGAUGCAGAGGGAGCUGGUGGCCAGGAGAGUGGGGACAGUGAUGCCAGGGGCCAAGAGGAGGAGCUGGGUGGUGGGCAAGAGGAGCAAAGACCCAUGCUGAAGGGCUCUGAGGAUGAGGACAGCUUGGAGGCUGCCGCUUUGGAGGGAAGUAGCUGGACUGCAGGACAGGAUGAUGGCGGCGCCACAGCUGCAGAGGUCCCGGGAGCUGGAGGAGGAGGGCAGUCAGGCUCAGAAGGAGGCAGCGCAGAGGACACUGAAGGUAGCUCCCAGGGUCACCCAGGAGCCAGCCAGCUAGCAGAGGCAUCUGAAAACAGUAGUCCAGACCAAGGGAGGAGGCCUGCAUCAUCCCCUGCUCCUCAAGGAGACACCCCCAAACAAAGGCCAGACCCCCAACCACGCUCAUCCUCCAGUCUGUCAGCCCCGGGAUGUGUCUGCCCUCCUGCCCAUCAGAAGGGACCAGCAUCAGAGCUGCCAAGUGGAGACAGAAGGAACAGCAGCGCCGAACCCCACGGGACCCCUCCCCCAGACACAAGAGUCACUGCAAGGUGCCCAGGAAGCUCCCCUUUGGAGCAGGAAGGGUGCCCUUCAUGCCCCAGGACCCCAGAGCAGGGGGCAGGGUAUGCCUGCUAUGAGUCACAAGGUGAAGAGGUUGCCAGGGGCAUCGCCCACACCCAGGUGGGGGACAAGGCAGAUGGCUUUGGCCAGGAUGACUUGGAUUUCUAG